GUACCCAUUACUAAUCGAACUAAUUUAAUAAUAAAUAUACCUUCCAUUUGUUAUAUAGUAUUCAGCGAAUCUAUUAGGUAUACCCUUUACGUCUACCAGUAACGGGUGUAAUCACGAUAUAUUCAUUAAAGCGUGACAAACCUAAACACUUUGGAUUCAAUUCAAUGAGCUGUUUACUGUUGGCCAACAAUGAGGCUAGAAACAAAUGGUAUCAGACUGUGGUCAUAUGUGGUCAUUAAUUUGCUACUCAGUGAUUCAAACGCUCUGUUCAAGUUUAAAAAUGUUAAGUGCACAUGCUACGAAAAGUCCUUUUGCGAACUUAAACGUUGUGAACUGAAGGUCCUGGGACGCGGCAUUGUGGGCUUGAAUCUGCAUGCCCAGGUUAAUAAGCUGCCCAUUAAGUCUACGACGUGCGUACUAACCCUGUUCCGAAGAUUCAGUGGCUACAGGCCGUUCCUCUUUAAUGUCACCGUGGAUGUUUGCCAUUUUCUUAAACACCGAAAACGCUAUCCGUUUGCCGACUUAGUUUACGAUGGAAUAAAAAGCUUUAGCAAUUUAAAUCAUACCUGCCCCUUCAAUCAUGACAUAAUAGUACACCAAAUGGUUCUGAAUGAUGACAUGAUAUCCAAAGCUCCCGUGCCAAAUGGUUUUUAUAAACUCAGGUUCAUCGUGAAAACAGAUGGCGUUUGGAGGGGCGAAGUUGAGGUCCAUGCUGAGGUUAAUCUGGGAAUCGAUCGCUGAGGAACUAGAUUUAUCCGUUUUAGCAUUAUCUGCUAAGUGAGUAGAUAAGAUCUAUUUAUUUACGUUUGUUAUUCGCAUUCAAUGAAGCUGAAAACUGAUUCUACACUUAAAAAAAAGUACAUAAG